ACGCUAGUAUACAACAAACCGACAUCAAACCGUAUCUAUAUAUAUACAGGAAGCUAGAUUCAUAUUUUUAACAUCAAAAACAACUUGAUAAUUCAUAUUUCAUAUUUGAUACCCUUAGCCAAAAAUAUUCAUAAUACAUAUUAUAUCUAUCUUACACUUUGAUCAUUUGCAUAUACAACUUCAGUUAUAAACUCUUGAGUAGAACUUUGUCAGUCAUCCUAAUUCUAUUCGGUUCGGGAGAUUAGUCUCUUCAGGUCCAACUCGGGAGAUUGGUCUCUUCAGGGAUUAUAAGAGAUGAAGAAUGCGGGAUUCGAGCAUGUUCUUAGAUAUUUUGACGAAGAUGGUGAUGGAAAGGUUUCACCAGCAGAGCUAAGACAAAGGCUAAGAAUAAUGGGAGAAGAGAUUUUAUUGAAAGAAGCUGAAAUGGCUAUUGAAGCAAUGGAUUCAGAUGGUGAUGGUUAUUUGAGUUUGGAGGAAUUAAUUGCUUUGAUGGAAGAAGGUGGAGAGGAACAAAAGUUGAAGGAUUUGAGAGAAGCAUUUGAGAUGUAUGAUAGUGAGAAGUGUGGUUUUAUAACACCAAAGAGUUUGAAGAGGAUGCUUAAGAAGAUGGGUGAGUCUAAGUCUAUUGAUGAAUGUAAAGCUAUGAUUAAACAUUUUGAUUUGGAUGGGGAUGGUUUGCUUAGCUUUGAUGAAUUCAUAACAAUGAUGCAGUGAUAUGUUAUCUUUUGAUUCGUUUAUGUGUAAAUAUCUUCUGUAGAGUAGAUGAGUUGAUUUUAUUGAUUUAUUUACAUACAAAACAAAUUAAUAAAAUUUCUGUGUAUAAACAAACUUCUUUUAUGCUUUGUAAUUUCUUAAUCUGUAUGAGUACAUGUGUUUGUUUUUCUUU